CUGGUACAACUGUUAUCAGCAAAGAGUCGACACCAGCAUUUAUGACUACUGCUGCUUCAUCAGAAACAACACCAUAUGAGAUGCUAUUGACAACGAAGCAAAUAGGAGAGCUAGAAACGACUGGUACAACUGGAUCUGCUGCUCUCUCGAAAGAAACUACAACCCCAUCAAUUUUUACUGGCCAAACAACUGCCGCGGAGAGCACACCUAGAUCUAUAGCCAUCACUACCUCGAGGUCGACAACACAAAUGGAGUCAAUAGACCUCACAACAGUUCCUAUCGGUACCACCUUUAAUGUAUUCAAUUUAACGCAAGCUACAAUGUCUACCAUACCCGGUUAUACAAGAGCCGCCACUGCCACCGGUAGAUCACUGGAAACAACGUCUCAAGUAACGACAGUGAUAACAAGCAUGCCAUUGACGACCCUGCUAACUACAACCAGACCAUCCGUCGCUACAGAAAAUAUAGUACCCGUUGCAAAUAUUACUGACAAACCGCUGAAUCUAAGCGGCUUAUGCUGCCAAAACAGCGAAUGUCAAGAGACAGAGAUAUGUUUGGGCAAGCAAUGUGUCAACGUAUGUAAAGUGGGGGGCAAGUGCGCUCCUAAUGCCAUCUGUGCUGCGGUCAAUCACUCAGCUGUUUGUUCGUGCCCACCAAGACAUUUUGGAGAUCCAAGGAAGAAGUGCAUUCAAGCGCCACCUAGCGAGCGGGCUCCUAAACCGUGUAAGUCAGACAUGGACUGUCUCGAGUCUGAGGCAUGUUACAUGUCACUGUGUCAAGACCCGUGCGAGUUCACAGACGCAUGUGCAAAAACGGCGGUGUGUCAGGCCAAAAUGCACAGGCCCACCUGCACGUGUCCCAUGGGAUACGAGGGAAACCCCGCUACUAAUUGCUUCAAAUCGUCUACAACUAGUUGCACUAGAAACGAGGAUUGUCCGCAUGACGAGGCGUGCAUAGACAGGGCGUGCCAGAAACCGUGCGACGUACGUAACCCGUGCGCCAGACAUGCGGUCUGCAUCAACGUCAACCAUGGGUCGGACUGCUCGUGCGAGGAGGGAUUCCAGGGAAACGCAUACGUUGGAUGUACAGCUGUGAUCGAUUACAAACCAGUAUGCCAAUAUAACGAAGACUGCCCACCAAACAAGCUCUGUGAUAGACUGAACCGAAUAUGUAUAAGCCCAUGCUUCGAAGACUCGUGUGGCGAAAACGCGGAAUGUAUACCCAAAGACCACGGAAUCGAUUGCAGAUGUCUCCCAGGCCAUCAAGGGAACCCAUUUGUCGAAUGUCUUUUGGUUCAAGGAUGCAGAUCCGAUGACGAAUGUGCUUCGAACGAAGCUUGCCUGAACGGUGAAUGUACAUCGCCCUGCAGAUGCGGCACCAACGCCAUAUGUGAAGUGAACCAUCAUGUAUCCACCUGCAAAUGUCCACCCGGUUACCAAGGAGACGCUCACGUCAGCUGUCAACCGCCUCAGAACCCAUGCGACCCAAAUCCAUGCGGACUGAACGCUCUCUGCGAACUGGACAAUGGCAACCCUAUCUGUUACUGUCCGAAGGGCCUCACUGGAAAUCCAUUCAAAAAUUGCAUACCUGAAGGCGAUGACUGCAAACCAAAUCCGUGCGGUCCAAACUCUGGCUGUCGUGUAGUAGGUGGCAACGCAGUUUGUUUCUGUCUCCCAGAAUUCGAAGGCACCCCACCACACGUUCCUUGCGCCUUACCCCAGAACCCAUGUGAUCCAUCUCCAUGUGGCCCUAACACACAAUGUACCAUCCUCAGUAACGGCUUUGCCAAGUGCACCUGUCUCCCUGGGUUCCUUGAAAGUCCUAAUACCAUCCGGGGUUGUGUCGAGGCUAAGAACCCUUGCGAGCCUAAUCCGUGUGGCCAAGGAGCCACUUGUGAUCCCCUCAGAGAACCUGUUUGUGUCUGCCCAGUAGGAACUGUCGGAAAUCCAUUCAGAAGCUGCUCAGAACCUAAAAUCACCCCGUUAUGCAGUCCUGGUCCUUGUGGGCCUAAUGCGGAUUGCUAUGUCAGUAACAAUCAAGAGCAAUGUUAUUGUAGGAGCGGUUAUAUUGGGAACCCGUAUUCUGGAUGUAAACUGGAACCAGUAAAUCCGUGUACUCCGAACCCUUGCGGUCCAGGAGCACAGUGCGUAGUAACAUCAGAUGGCAACUCAAUGUGUCAAUGUCCUGAUGGCAUGGGAGGUGAUCCUACUGGACCUGCAGGCUGUCACGGAUACGAAUGUGUCGUUGAUGAAAAUUGUCCCGAUCAUCAAGCUUGCAUCGGAUACAAAUGUAAAGAUCCAUGUCCCGGAUGUUGUGGCAUAAACGCUGUAUGCAGGGUAGAACAACACCAUCCGAUUUGCACCUGCAGACCUGGCUUUAUCGGCAAUCCACCUGUAAGAUGCUAUCCGCAACCUGAAAGAAUGCCAGAACGUGAUCCAUGCUUGCCAAGCCCCUGCGGCCAAAACACAGUUUGCCAGGCGAUUGGUGGCAGAGCCGUAUGUAGCUGCCUACCCGACUUUAACGGUGAUCCUCAGACUGGUUGUAAACCUGAAUGCACCCUCAACUCAGAAUGUCCUUUGAACAAAGCUUGUAUUGAUCGGCAUUGCAUAGAUCCAUGCUCCCUCGGAAACCUGUGUGGCUUGCACGCUACGUGCCAAGUACGAGACCACAUCGCUACAUGUAUCUGUCCUGAAGGGUUUAUGGGGGAUGCUUUCCUGCAAUGUAUCCCAACUCCAACCGUUUCCAUUCCAAGCUACCCCAAUGCCACCAUACAACCUUGCCUGCCUUCACCAUGUGGAGACACAGAGUGCAACAUCUACGGAACCCAAAUAGCCAUAUGUGACCCUUGCUUAGGACCAGGUGCUCCGUAUAAUCCCCAGUGUCGUCCUGAAUGUUUGAUCAACGCUGAUUGUCCAUUUGAUAAGGCUUGUCUUGGGUUCUCGUGUGUCGACCCUUGCCCUGGAUCUUGCGGAGUCAACGCGGAAUGCGUAGUCGUCUCUCACACACCUGUAUGUAGCUGUCCAACUGGACUUAUUGGAGAUCCAUUCCAGCACUGCUCUAUACCACUAAAGCCUGACCACCGCGUCGAAACCUGCGACACGACCCGUUGUGGAGCAAACGCCAUCUGCAAAGACCACAAGAACGCGAUAUCAUGUAUUUGCAAGAAAGGUUACUAUGGCAACCCUUGGAUCGCCUGCAGACCAGAGUGUGUUGUCAACCCCGAUUGCCCUCUCAACAAAGCGUGUAUCAGCAACAAGUGUGUCGAUCCAUGCGCUGGUGUCUGCGGUGUUGGAGCCCAAUGCGAAGUCACCAACCACAUACCGAUCUGUUUCUGUCCACCGCAAACUACUGGAGAUCCUUUCAUCACUUGCUAUCCGCAUACCUCCACCGAAUUGGUACCGAUCAGCCCGAAUCCUUGUGAUCCAUCGCCUUGUGGACCUUUCAGUCGAUGUCUCGUGUCGCAUCAAGGGUUUGCAACAUGUUCGUGCUUGCCUGGUUAUUGGGGAGCCCCACCAGCUUGUAAACCGGAGUGUAUCGUCAGCUCAGAAUGUCCACAGACUCAGGCUUGCAUCAACAAGAAAUGUGUGAAUCCUUGCGCGGGUACUUGUGGAGCAAACGCUUUAUGUACUGUCAUCAAUCACAAUCCGAUAUGCAGCUGUCCACCUGGGCAGCAAGGUGAUCCUUUCUCAGCUUGCUAUACACCCAACGUUCCUGAGGAGCCCAAAACGCCAGAAAAUCCAUGCGUACCAUCGCCUUGUGGACCGAACUCUAUUUGCCAAGUAAGACAGGGAAGACCUGUUUGCUCCUGUGAUAAAAACUACAUCGGUACUCCGCCAUACUGCAGGCCAGAGUGUACUCUGAACCAGGAAUGUCCACAGAACAAGGCUUGCAUCAGGGAGAAAUGUGUAGAUCCUUGCGUAGAGCUAUGCGGCAGGAACGCCAAGUGUAACGUAAUCAACCAUCAACCAUUCUGCGCUUGUUUGGAAGGAUUCCAAGGCGACGCCUUCAUCGGUUGUUCUAAGAUACCUAAACCUCUACCAGCCCCAGAUCCGUGCAAUCCUUCACCAUGUGGCGAGAACGCACAAUGCUCGGAAAGCGACGGUGUUGCCAGGUGUACCUGUAUACCUCCUUACAUCGGCAAUCCUUACGUCGGCGGAUGCAGACCUGAAUGUACAAUGAACUCCGAAUGUCCCAGCCAUUUGGCUUGUCUGUCACAGCACUGUAGGGAUCCCUGUCAGGGACUGUGUGGCAUCAACGCUGAAUGCAGUGUCGUGAACCAUGUUCCAGUUUGCACUUGUGGACGAGGAUUGAUCGGGGAUCCAUUCACAGCGUGUCGGCAAGCACCACCACAACCACCAUCGAAUCCUUGUGAACCAUCUCCAUGCGGACCAAAUAGUGUAUGUCGGGUAAGAAACGACCAAGCGAUCUGCUCUUGUCAAAUCGGUUACUUUGGCACUCCACCACUAUGUCGACCUGAGUGUUUGGUCACGUCAGAGUGCAGUUUGGACAAGGCCUGCAUCAACCAGAAGUGUCAAGAUCCCUGUCCCGGUACUUGUGGAGUGGCUGCCAGGUGUCAGGUGAACAACCACAACCCGAUUUGUAGCUGUCCACCGAACUAUGUUGGAGAUCCAUUCAUACAGUGUACUAAGCAAGUGAAACCACCGCCGCCCCCAGUGAGCCCGUGCGUGCCGUCUCCAUGCGGCGUGAACGCCGAGUGCAAAGCUGUGAACAACCGCGCCGUAUGCACCUGCAUCCCGGGUAUGUUCGGAGCGCCGCCCAACUGCCGCCCCGAAUGUCUCAUCGACCAGGACUGCCCCCUGACGCUAGCCUGCCUCGCCAACAAGUGCAGGGAUCCCUGUGUAGGCACAUGCGGCUUCAACGCCCAGUGCAACGUCGUCAACCAUCGUCCGAUUUGCAGCUGCCUGCAGGGAUUCGAAGGGGACCCUUUCACGGAGUGCGCGCCUAUUCGCGUAAGAGAAGAACCUCGUGAUCCGUGUCAUCCGUCACCUUGCGGUUCCAACGCCAUCUGCACGGAACGAAACGGUGCUGGUGCAUGCUCCUGCCUCGAAGGCUACUUCGGCGACCCAUACUCUGGAUGUAGACCGGAAUGCGUGACCAACAACGACUGUCCACACAGCAAAGCAUGCUUGGCCAUGAAAUGCGUCGAUCCAUGCACAGGCUGUUGCGGAGUAAAUGCGGAAUGUAGAGUGGCGAAUCAUAAUCCGCAAUGUCAGUGCUUGCCCGGUUUCACUGGAAACGCGCUGGUGUUUUGUAGAGAAUUUGAACCGAUUGUAGAAAUCUUACCGAAACCCAAGCCAUGUUCACCAUCACCUUGCGGGCCUUACAGUAUCUGUAGAGAAGUAAACGACAGGGCGAUUUGUUCGUGUAGCCCUAGCUAUGUAGGAGCACCUCCAAAUUGUAGACCGGAAUGCGUAGUGAACUCUGAGUGUCCUCAAAAUAGAGCAUGUCAAAAUCAGAAAUGCAUUGAUCCAUGUCCUGGAACUUGCGGAUAUAAUGCUCUGUGUAAAUGUGUGGUGCAUAGCCCGAUAUGUAGUUGUCCGCCUGGGUGGACUGGAGACCCUUUUGUUGGGUGUAUCAAGGAAGAGAAGCGUCCAGCUAUAGUCCACAAGCCUGUCAAUCCUUGCAUACCGACACCAUGCGGACUAUUCUCCGAAUGCAAAGUCAUAGGUGACCGACCAGUAUGUUCUUGUUUACCCAAUUAUUACGGUCAUCCGCCAAACUGUAGACCUGAAUGUACCGUUAGCUCAGAAUGUCCUUCAACAAGAGCGUGUGUGAACCAAAGAUGUGUUGAGCCGUGCGCCGGUUCUUGUGGAGUAAAUUCGGAAUGUAGAGCGGUCAGCCACACGCCUGUAUGCUACUGUUCGCCAGGCUUUACGGGGGAUCCGUUUUCUGGAUGCUAUCAAUUGGUUAUAAAAGAAGAACCGGCACAUCCAUGCAAUCCAUCACCUUGUGGAUCGAACGCAAUCUGUAAAGAGCAAAAUGGUGCAGGCUCGUGUCUCCUGCCUUCCAGAAUAUUUCGGAGAUCCUUACUCUGGAUGUAGACCAGAAUGUGUGAUGAAUUCCGAUUGCCCCAAAGACAAAUCUUGUGUGAAUAACAAAUGUAAAGAUCCCUGCCCGGGUACUUGUGGGAUAAAUGCAGAUUGUAGGGUAACAAAUCAUGUGCCGACCUGUAGUUGUUUGCCAGGAUUCACUGGAGAUCCACUCCGUGCUUGCCAUGAACCACCUAAAGCCAUUGAAAAACCUGCCAACAUAGCUUGCCUACCCUCACCUUGUGGCCCAUUCAGUCAAUGCAGAAUAAUUGGAGCCCAAGCUGUAUGUUCUUGUCUACCGAACUUUGUCGGUACUCCUCCAGCUUGUAGACCAGAAUGUACUGUCAGUACCGACUGUGCACCUGACAAAGCUUGCAUAAAUCAGAAAUGUGUAGACCCUUGUCCUGGAACUUGCGGUUUGAGCGCUAGGUGCCAUACGAUCAAUCAUAAUCCCAUAUGUAGCUGUACAGCUGGUAUGACUGGAGACCCAUUCGUCAGAUGUGUUCAGGAAGAGAAACGUCCAGAACCAAGACCGAGCGAAAACCCAUGCGUCCCAUCGCCGUGUGGCUUGAAUUCAAACUGUAGAGUCAUUGGAAACACUCCUGCAUGUUCCUGCGUCCCCGGGUACAUUGGCGCUCCACCAAAUUGUCGACCUGAAUGUACGAUCAAUUCUGAAUGUCCUGGAAAUCUUGCUUGUAUUAAUCAGAGAUGCAAAGAUCCAUGUCCUGGUUCUUGUGGUUCUCAGACCACGUGCACAGUUGUGAAGCACUCACCAAACUGUUUGUGCGUGCCUGGAUACACUGGAGAUCCAUUUGUUGGAUGCUCGCCCAUUCCAGUACAGGCCGUAGAAGAAGAGCGUAAUCCUUGCAGCCCGUCACCAUGUGGAGCAAAUGCAGUGUGCAGGGAACAGAAUAACGCAGGGUCCUGUGCUUGCAUUGCUGGAUACUCGGGCGAUCCUUACACAGGCUGUAGACCUGAAUGUGUGACAAACACAGAUUGUCCUAAAGAUAAGUCGUGCAUCAAUAAUAAAUGUAAAGAUCCAUGCCCGGGGAUGUGUGGAAUCAACGCCGAGUGUAGGGUGUUCAACCAUGCGCCAUCUUGUUUCUGUUUGGAAGGAUAUACUGGAAGCCCGACAACCGCUUGUCAUGUUUACCAACCUCCUCUAUCUCUACCAAAAGUGGAGCCUUGUCAACCAUCUCCAUGCGGUCCUUAUAGUCAAUGCAGGGUGGUGAACGACCACGCAGUAUGUUCUUGCAUAGCAAACUACAUCGGCACACCACCAUCUUGUAGACCAGAAUGUAUGAUCAGUGCCGAUUGUCCAUUGGACAAAGCUUGUAUCAACUCAAAAUGCGAGGAUCCAUGUCCAGGAACAUGCGGAUUGAACGCUCGAUGUCAAGUUGUCAAUCACAAUCCUAUUUGUAGUUGUUCGGCUGGAUUUACUGGAGAUCCGUUCAUCAGAUGUGUCCAGGAAGAAAGAAAACCGGAACCCGCACGCAAUCCUUGCGACCCAUCUCCGUGUGGUCCGAACUCGCAAUGCAGAGUUGUUGGUAACACCCCAGCCUGUUCUUGCUUACCAAACUUCAUAGGACAUGCACCAAACUGUAGACCAGAGUGUGUUAUAAAUGCUGAAUGUCCAGGAAACUUGGCUUGUCAAAGAGGAAAAGUGCACUGACCCCUGUCCAGGAUCUUGUGGAACAAAUACUGAAUGUACUGUGGUCAGUCACAGGCCUGUUUGUAGUUGUAAGGCUGGAUAUACUGGAGAUCCAUUCGCUGGGUGCAGCUUAGUACCAAUCGUUCAACCAACGGAAGCACCACCAGAACCAUGCAAUCCCUCUCCAUGUGGAGCUAACGCGAUAUGUAAAGAAAGAAAUGGUGUCGGUUCUUGCACGUGCAUACCAGAAUACUUCGGGGAUCCUUAUACAAGCUGUAGACCAGAAUGUGUAACAAACUCUGACUGCAGUAGAGAAAAGGCGUGUGUAAACAAUAAAUGUAAAGACCCUUGUCCUGGAACUUGUGGAAUAAACGCAGAAUGUAACGUCGUCAAUCAUGCUCCAUCAUGUUCUUGUCUACCUGGAUACACUGGCAACCCUCUCACUUCCUGUAGACAACCACCACCUACUCCGGAACCAAGAGGCAAUCCAUGCGUACCGUCCCCUUGUGGACCUUACAGUAUUUGUAAAGAGAUUGGUGGUCACGCUGUAUGCUCAUGUCAAGCAAACUAUAUUGGAACCCCACCUGCAUGUCGACCUGAAUGCAUGGUUAGUUCAGAAUGUCCACAGAACAGAGCAUGCAUAAACAAUAAGUGUACAGAUCCUUGUCCAGGAACAUGUGGAAUAAAUGCACGUUGUCAAGUUGUGAACCAUAAUCCUAUAUGUAGCUGUCCGCAGAAUUAUGUUGGAGAUCCUUUCGUUAGAUGUGUGGUAGAAGAGAAAAAACCAGAACCAAUUGGAGACCCAUGUAGACCCACACCAUGUGGUCCAAACUCACAAUGCAGAGUUGUCGGUAGUCAAGCUGCAUGCUCUUGCUUGCCGAACUUUAUAGGUAGACCACCGAACUGUAGACCCGAAUGUACUAUAAACGCAGAAUGUCCUGGAAAUCUUGCAUGUCAAAAUGAAAAAUGUAGGGACCCUUGUCCAGGGUCUUGUGGAUCUUUCACUUCUUGUGUAGUUGUAAAGCAUGCACCUGUUUGUCGAUGUGUUGAUGGAUAUACUGGAGAUCCUUUCACUGGCUGCAGUCUCAUACCGCCUACCGCCAUCACAGAGCAGCCUCCGCAACCUUGCAACCCUUCACCAUGCGGUGCCAAUGCAAUUUGCAAAGAGCGCAAUGGCGCGGGAGCAUGUUCUUGUCUACCAGAAUAUUUCGGAGACCCAUAUACCGGAUGUAGACCAGAAUGUGUGACGAAUUCUGAGUGCGACAGGAGUCGCGCAUGUGUUAACAAUAAAUGCGUGGACCCAUGUCCUGGCACUUGUGGCCUGAACGCAGAGUGCCAAGUUGUGAAUCAUGCGCCAUCCUGCACUUGUAUACCGGGAUAUACUGGGGACCCGAUCAGGGCAUGUCAACUGGUUGUUAGUCCCGGUG